AUGGGGAGGAACAAGAUCUUCGAAAAACUAUCUGAAAUGAAUCUCCGGCCAGCAGCUGCUGAUGAAACCGGCGAAGGUUUACCAUACGCGCCGGAGAAUUGGCCGGAGCCUGGUGAUACCUGGGGAUGGAAAUCAGGGAAAAGACUUCAGACUAACGGAUUAUGCUUUCAGGAUCGGUACCUUUAUUUACCGCUUCGAUUGAGUCAGACGGAGAAUGGAGGAUCCAAACGCAAACAACGUCACAUCUUCGCCAGCAAGCUCUCCGUUGAACGGUUCAUUAAGACCACUUUUCCGGACGCUGAUGUCAAUAAGUUUUUCGCUUCUUUCACAUGGAGGAUUCCGGCUGCUCAGCCUUCUACCAACGGAGGCAAUGUGGUGCCGAUAGCUGCCGUACCUCUUCAACAGAUACCACAGGCAGUAGGAGAAUAUGACUCUGAUGAAGGCAGGACUGAUAUUCUGAAGUGUAGAGCGGGGAAUCAAAUGUGCGACAGCCUGAACUUUGGAGUGGCGAUAAAAUAUUCCCCGCCCAUGUCUUGUGAUAUUUGUUGUUCUGAGUCUGGGUUUUGCCGUGCUUGUUCCUGCAUUCUUUGUUGCAAAACUGUUAGUACUGCUCAUGGCGGGUAUAGUUAUAUUAAGUGCCCGGUAAAUGCUGGCGCGGGAAUAUGUGGCCAUGUUGCUCAUCUGGAAUGUGCUCUGAGGUCUUCUUUGGCUGGUACGGUUGGGAAAAGUAUUGGUUUAGACGCUGAGUACCAUUGCCGAAGAUGUGAUGGGAGAACUGAUCUUGUCUCUCAUGUUGAAAGAUUUGUUCAAAUAUGUAAAAGUAUAACUGUAGAUUUGGAUGAUGAAAUUAAGAAGAAGGUUUUAGAUCUUGGUGCUUGUCUCUUGCGCGGUUCAACUAAACCUGCCGCAAAGACGCUUCUGAACAGUGUUGAAUUGGCCAUCUCAAAGCUCAAAUGUGUGACUAAUGGUGAAACUAUGAAGAAGAAGAGGAAGAGAGAUGACAGUCCUAUGGCUCAUUCUGAAGGCUUACCACAUCGUGGCAUUGAUCCAAUGGAAGUAACAAUGAAUGAAAUCCAUUCGGAUGCUAGAUUACGGGAGGAAUUUAAUGAUUAUCAUUCACGUUCUUUGAAACUUGAUGCUGAGAUUGAUGACAUUCUGGUGGGACUUAGAAAUUCACAAGAGCUGGAAUAUAUGGUGGCGAAAGAAAAACUCAAGGCACAGAAGUUGAAUUUGAAGAACUUGUAUGAGCAGUUAGACAGUGUAGUGUCUGAACUGGAAUGCCCUAACUUAACUCAGUCAGAGCCCUUGUACCGCUCUAUCAGGGAAUUGAAGGAACAGAUAAGAAGAGAAAUUGUGAAAUUUGAAGAUAUGAAAAAGGUGGCCAGUGGUUUUGGUAUGACACCAAAAAAUAUUUUAAAGGAACACUUUGGGUUACAAAUGGCUGAUUAG